GUCUAUUCAGGGUUUAAAUUUACAUGACAAAUACCAGUUUCUUAACUUGUAUGAUGUUGUAAAUGGAAAAAUAAAAGAUUUGCAAGAAAAAGGAUUGGGCAAAAAAGAAGAUUCAGUUGCACUAACAGCUCAACAAGUUAAAGAUAUUCUGGAUGAUGAAUUUUUAGAUCCAAACACACCUGAAGGUUUAUUGUAUCUGGUUUUUUUUCGCAAUUCAAUGAUAUUUGCUUGCCGUGGUGGUGAGCAUUGUGCUCUACAGAUUAAUCAAUUUCAGAUUCAAGCAGAUGAUA